CUAUCCUCUCCCCGUGGCAGAAUGUGUAAAUGCAAAGACUCUUUUCUCUGCCUAUUAUCUGAGUGACUCCGGGUUCCGGUGUCUGCCUCGGAGCGCGUGUGACACUGUGUGUGUGUGUGUGUGUGUGUGUGUGUGUGUGAAUGUCGGAGGGAGAAACGAGAUAAAGAGAGAGGGAGAGGCGAGCAGCGUUUCUUCUCCCCCUUAGCCUCCCCAUCUCCCUGCUCCCUGUCACUCCAUCCUUCCUCCCCUCUCCUGGACCAGCCCCGCUUCGAAGCCGGACCGAGACCCCCUUCCCCCCCCCCCCCGCCCCCCACCACCCACCUCCCCUCCUGCCACCCAGACCACCCCGGGACCCUUUGACUCUCCUCACUUCUCCAUCCCGCUAACUGCAGCCUCCGAGCAGGGAUUCCUCACCUGACACCCCCCCCAGGAGUGCUGUCUGUGAAAUCAUCUGCACAGGGUGCGUCGGCCAGACAUCCGACCCCCAUUCUGCUGGACGGCCGCCAGCCACAGGUCACAUGACCUGGAAGAAAAAACCAAGGAGACUUUUGGGAUCCCUCUUCGCAUGGGCUGGCUGUCUACCUGAAGGGAAGUCCAAAGGCUGAUGAACUGACCUGCGUCUGUGUGCGACCACACUGCUCUGGUGUCCUUUAUGCCCUGGCCACACAACAUCCAGCACAAAUUUGGUGACUGGCUUGCCGGAAUACAACUAUACUCCUUCUCCUUCAGAGGACAUCCCAUUCCAGGCCCUGUCUUACCUGUCCCCCAGCAUGGAGCCCACUAAAGCCCAGUCAGAGGGUGGCCUCAAUGUCACCCUCACCAUCCGCCUCCUAAUGCACGGAAAAGAGGUGGGAAGUAUAAUAGGAAAGAAAGGGGAGACAGUGAAAAAGAUGCGAGAAGAGAGUGGAGCACGGAUCAAUAUUUCCGAGGGCAACUGUCCAGAGAGGAUCGUCACCAUCACCGGGCCAACAGACACCAUCUUCAAGGCCUUUGCCAUGAUCGCCUACAAAUUUGAGGAGGACAUAAUCAAUUCCAUGAGCAACAGCCAAGCAACCAGCAAGCCCCCCGUCACCUUAAGGCUUGUAGUGCCAGCCAGCCAGUGUGGCUCCCUCAUAGGAAAAGGAGGCUCUAAAAUAAAAGAAAUGAGAGAGUCCACAGGGGCCCAGGUUCAGGUGGCAGGGGACAUGCUGCCCAACUCCACAGAGCGUGCGGUGACAAUCUCCGGGACUCCAGAAGCCAUCAUCCAGUGUGUCAAACAGAUCUGUGUUGUAAUGCUGGAGUCCCCACCAAAAGGUGCCACCAUCCCUUAUCGCCCAAAGCCCGCCUCUACCCCAGUCAUUUUUUCUGGUGGCCAGGCCUACACAAUUCAGGGACAGUACGCCAUACCACACCCAGAUCAGUUGACCAAGCUCCACCAGUUGGCUAUGCAGCAAACCCCCUUUACCCCUCUCGGACAGACCACCCCUGCUUUCCCUGGUUUGGAUGCCAGUCCACCAGCCAGCACCCAUGAACUCGCCAUUCCUAAUGAUCUAAUAGGCUGCAUUAUUGGACGCCAGGGAACCAAAAUAAAUGAGAUUCGACAGAUGUCUGGGGCACAAAUCAAAAUUGCAAACGCCAUGGAGGGCUCGUCUGAGCGCCAGAUCACCAUCACGGGGACUCCUGCUAACAUCAGCCUGGCCCAGUAUCUCAUCAAUGCAAGGCUGACGUCUGAAGUCACUGGAAUGGGCACACUCUAAUUUCUACCCAUGCUCCCUCAGUGCAUCACAUGACCCUUGAGCUUAUGGCGUUGUGCCUGGUUUAUUUACUUCUCUGUAUUUGACAGUUCUGAUCUUGAAGUGACUUUAACUUUGAUCGUUUCCAGUAUUCACUGUAAACAUGUGUAUCUGCACUGUUUCACACCAACUGUAUCAAAAAAAAACCCACAGCUUAAGCAUUUUCUGAAAGGUCACUUUACUUUCUUUUCACUCUAGUACCUUUCAUUGCAUCUCAUGUGCCGCACCACUUUUGUUUCACCUCAUGUUUUAACAUCCGACACCGUUUCCUUUGUUGCUCUGCAGGCACUUGAAAGUAUAUGCAAAGAUUGGUAUAACAGUUUAAACCAAGGUUGACUCUUCUCCUCCACAUUCUUAUACUCUGACCCAUUUUUUUUAAACAACUGCAGAAAACAUUACUCAACACAAUCGUUUGACAAGCCACUGUAAACCAGAUACUUUGUAUAUUUAUUUUUUCACACUGAUUUCAUGACCGAUGAAAUGGAUGUUUUACUGUGCGCCUGUAGACAUUUGCCUGUUUGACUUGGAGCUGUAUGUGCACCAUAGAUUGAUCUGCAUGAUGUAUUUCACAUUCCUUUUUAAAAUCAAACGUGUAGAAACGAGGAGUGAGUUGUGAAAGGGAAUGGAAGAACAGCCCUCUAUGAUCGGGACGUGUCACUCUGCCUCCAGUUUGAUAUUACUGUACCUCAUGGGUAUAGGCCAGUAAACAUCCACUUUAACGCACAAGUAUCAGUCUUUCCCAGUUUCAUGUGUAAAACGACACAGGGGUUAGAUGGAAAAAUGAAAAUGUGGAAAUGACUGCAGCUCAGAGUGAAAUUCAAAUGCAUGUAAGUAUUGCACCACCUUUUUAUUCAACUAUAUUCCACAAACAAGUUCUCAUGUUGUUCAAUCAUUCAGACAAGUAUAAGAGGCACGGGCCAUUUGAGCAGGUCUAGGAAUCAUCUAGAGUAUACAAGCACUCACAUUUAGCGGGUAAGGUUUCUAGUGUGCGUCAAAAGGGCUGACAAGGUCCUGACUCUCAUCAGUCAAUCACAUGUAUGGCAUGUAUGAAACAUAAUAUGCAUAUUCAAUGAACCAAUCAUUGGUUGUGCAGCCGUGCUGAACAUUUACAUUUACGUAUGACUCUCUCUGCACUCGGCAUCUACUGUAGGUCAGCACCUCCAUAGUUGGCCUGUCUUCCUUCCACAAGGACGCUCGAGGUUGGUUGUUCAAUUUAAAGCUGAAUGUAUUUAAAAAAUGUUUUUUAACUGCCAACAUUUACGUUUCACGUUGGAUUAAAACACCUUUAAUCAGAUACAUAAUUGAGUACAGUAGAAUAUAAUGUUUGUUUAUCUCAAGGGUUUUGAAUGUUAUGAGGUUGGGCAGGUUACUCAAACUGGGGUCUGCUAGAUGACCUAUUUAAAAUUGUAAUCUACACUUCAUUACACUAAAUACAUACAAUGUUAUGUAACCUAUAACUUUUUGGGGCAUGUCGACUUUCCUGUUUAUUCUGCAACAUAUAUGAAUUGAUGGCCUUAUUAGUAUCCGUUGCUUUCCUUUCACAAUGCAGGCUGAUAGAUAAAAGUAAAAUACAAUAUGUCUUCUUCAUCACUUCACAGUAAAACAUGGCUGUGAUAGCAGGUAGCUGAUAUUUUUACACCCAAAGCCUGGAUAAGCAUCACUCUAGUACUAAUUGUAGAAACCAUUUCUGUGUAAUUGCAGUUUAGGCUCAGGUACUUGGCUUGUUGGUUGCGACUGAUAACACAAGACGACUCUGUAAUAUGUUGCCUUUAAACCAAGGCUGUUUUACAAUGUUACAUUACACAUUUACACUUUGCGCCACAUUUGCAUUGCGCACGUCUAUGUGUACUUAUCUGGCUGCAUCCACAUGUGCUUCAGUUGAACAAACUGAGGAAUAGCUGAUUGAGAGAUAACAUAUUUUUAAGGUGUCAUUCAAAAAAAGAAAUAAACUUCCCAUCAUCUAUAGAGUCUGAUCAAUUAAAGAGUUUAAUAUAUCCUGCAAAACUGUAGGUUAAAGUUGUCUGCUCCAGUUAACUGAGACACAGUCAGAUUGAUUAUUUGAAAGAGUGACCCAUUUGCAAGCUUCUCAUUUGCCUUUUUUUUUUCUCCCAGUAGUCAUACUUCCAUCUUUCACAUUCAUGGCAUCGCUCAUGUUCUCAUCGACCCGUAAUGCUGUGUAAGUCAAACACAUCUUGUGUUGCUUCUAUAAUCUUUAGUGUUACAUUAACGUUUUAUUUGCUACUGUGCUAGAGCAGCAAAAAAUUAACAGUUGGCGACGAGGUGAUUAAAAUUAUGCUGUUUGAAGAAAUGUGUCAGAUUAUGUUUAUGUUUGAUCUUUUUGCUCCAUGAAAGUCUGUAUCUGAUUCAUUAUUUAUUGAGGUUGAAUUGUUUUGUAAAAAAAGAAAAGAGAAUAAAGUUUGUGUUGUUCUUUUCCCCCUUGACUUGGACAUAAUCGUCAUUUAAAAAAAAGUUUUGUCGUCUUGUUUAUUGUGCUGGAGACCUGUCUUCAUAUUUACAGAAGCUACAAAUAUUGUAAUAUUUAUUUGGCUAUAGUUGGGCUUAACCACACCUUGUUUGAUGGAAUAAGUUACUGCCUAUACUAUUUUUGCGAUCUGGGAAUGUAGCUUCACUAAACCUUUUAUAUCAAAAUAAAAGAUGGGAGCUUGCAAUA